AACGGCGAUGAUCUCCUCUGACUUUCAACGAAAUCGAUAAUGAAAAUUUUCAAAGCCUAGCUUAACAUUAUUCCCCAAAUCAGAUUGUUGUUCUGUACAUGCCUUCGAAUCUGUGCAAUCAUCACUGCCCAUCCCCCGUAACCGAGAAUCCUAAAUAACUUCGAAUAAAAAAGCCUUCGUUCAAGCCAUCAGCGAAAAACAAAUGUUCUAAGCCUCCUCAGUGUCAAAGCUUUGUUGUGAAGCAAACGAGUUUCAAUGGAGAAAAGAAAGGAUUCGAGAACCUAGGGUUUUCAAAACAACUAUUAAGGUCCGAAGAAGGGAGAUGAGUCACACAAUAGGACAUACUCAGAGUGAGGAAGAUAUGUCGGAAAAUGCAGAGAAAAUUGCUGAUUCAGACAUCACUGCGAAACCUGAAGAAACUGUUAUGGGGGGUGAAGAAAAGAAAGAGGCCAUUAAAAGUCUGCAUGAGACUGUUGCUCGUCACGAACAUUUGCUGGGUUCUCUGCAAGUGCAUGCCGAAGAGCAGAAACAAGUGUGCGAAAUGAUCCACCGGGCGCUUCAAGACGUGCAAUGUCAACUAGCAGUUAUAUCAUCACAGUUGGGAUUGACGUCCAAAGCACAACCUGAAAUCUAUGAAUCGGGGAAAGUGGAAAUCAAACUAGACGAUUCAGGCACAAAGCUCCACCGGGUGUUUGACAAAAUGUCAACAUCAGUAAACACUAAAACUUCUGAUCAACUGGUUCAGAAAAAUGAGGGACUUGAUUCUUCAGUACGUCAACCCAAUGAUUAUGGGCUCUCUAUCCUUGGCGAGGAGAUGAAGGGUGAAGAAUUGGUAAUCCAUGGUGAGGAGAUGAAGGGUGAAGAAUUGGUAACACAUGGCGAGGAGAUGAAGGGUGAAGAAUUGCUAAACAGGACGGUGAAAUUAGCUGAUUCAGACAUGACUGCGAAACCUGAAGAAACUGUUUUGCGGGGGAAGAAAAGGAAGAUGAGUCACACAACCCAAAAUACUCAGAUUGACGAAGAUAUGUCAGAACAUGCAGAGAAAAUUGCUGAUUCAGACAUGACUGCGAAACCUGAAGAAACUGUAAUGGGGGAUGAAGAAAAGGAAGGCGGCAAAGACGAGGGGGCAAGAAAGUGGUACGAUGUGAAAUUUUUUCCUGGUUUAAAUUUUGACAAACAGUCUCGCUUGCUGGUACGCGAACUUCCUGAUAAAAGAGCUAUUUUUGAUUUAAACGGUCGAAAUCAUCGUAUAGUGUUAGUUUACAUGACUGAGGAAGAAGCUGAUAGAGUUGAAGGGCUGUCUGAAGUUGAAUAUGUGGAGACAAUGCGUUCGGAACAUGGUUUUAUAUGGUCGGACUCAGAGCCAGAAGAUGAAUAUGGAUAUGGAUAUACUCCGUGUUAAACAUCUUUGGAGCCCACCCGGAACAGAAGCUGCUUCUACUUGUGGUGGCUUACCUAUCACGGAUCCAUACCCAAGAGAUAUAUUUGAAUCCUUUGUUAAUUAUGCUUUGGUUUGUUAAUUAUGCGUUUGAAGUUGGAUAUUUGAUCACUAUAUCCAUGAAUUUGGUUGGUUGUUUAGCAGAUUUCGAUGAUAUUAUUAAGCCUAAGCGGAUUUUAUAUA